UUAAAAAAAUUAAAAUAAAAGCUCCUCACUUUCCUAAAAGAAAUAAACGUCUUCUCCAUCUUCUUCUACUCUUCUCUCUCUGGAAAAAGAGUCCAAAAGGUACUGGAUCCUCUCUGUAUCUCUAUCUCAUCCUCUCUCACACACUUCACAAAGUGAAAAUCACCGUCUUCUGUAUCUGGGUGUCGUAACAUUCUUCGUUUUCAUGGCGGAUUCAACUAAAUACAUGCCCAUCAAUGAAAGAACUCUGGUUUCAGAUUUGAAGUUGAAGAACGUCUUUUCAUUUCGAACCAAGAAAACAAGAGCUUUUGCUUACGUAUUCAUAGCUAUCUUCGUUGCUGUUACUUUUUUCUUGGCCUUUAAUCCUUCACCAGAUCCUUCUUCUCCAUGGUUUUCCAGUAUCUUCACUAGUACAAGCAUCAGUACAAGUAUUAAAGCAAAUGGUACUACAACAACUUCUUCAUCAUCUUCUUCUGGUGCUUAUGGGUCUGCUGGAUCUCAAUUCUCUUCCAUUUAUUCUUACUUUUUUCCUUCAAAUUCUUCGGAAGCAUUACAAAAUUCCACAGUUUCUUCACCCAGUUCAAAUGCCACUGAUUCCAGAUCUCCAACUAUGAAUCUCGAAACGCCCAAUGUGAUUAAAGAUCCUCCAAUUGUUCAAAAUCAAACUAAAAGUAAUGACUCGAACCAGACCAUGAUCGGGUCUCCAUUAUCUCAACCAGUGUUGAAUCAGACCGCAAUCGGGUCUCCACCACCGCAACCAUAUUCGGACCAGAUCGCAACUGGAUCUAAAUCAUCCCCUCAACACGGAUCAAACAAGACCACGAUUGUGAAUUUACCAUCUCAACCAGUAACGAACCAGACGACUAAAACAGUGUCGAAUUCAGCUUCAGAAUCGCAGAAUUCAAUAACGAAUAAUGCCACUGAAAAUAGGAUGAAAGCAAGUCCAAACUCCGAGAAAUCAUUACCGACAUCUUGGGGAAAUGGUGCUGGAAGUGGUCCUGGUCAAAGGAUUGAAGAUAAAAUCACCACCAAAAAUGUUACUUCUUUAGGAAAGAAACAAGGGUUUGAUGAUUUGGUGAAGAAUUUAGUCAACUGUAACCUAUUUGAUGGAGAUUGGGUAAGAGACGACUCAUAUCCAUUGUAUAAACCCGGUUCUUGUUCGUUGAUUGAUGAACAAUUCAAUUGUUUCUCCAAUGGUAGGCCUGAUUUAGGGUUUCAAAACUACAAAUGGAAGCCCAACGGUUGUAGUUUACCAAGGUUGGAUGGAAGCAAAAUGUUGAAAUUAUUGAAAGGAAAGAGAUUGGUUUUUGUAGGGGAUUCUCUAAACAGAAAUAUGUGGGAAUCAUUAGUUUGCAUCCUUCGAAACUCCCUUAAAGAUCAAACCAAGGUUUAUGAAGCUUCAGGAAGACAUCAUUUCAGAUCAGAAGCUUCUUAUUCUUUCGUAUUCAAGGAUUAUGAUUGCACAGUGGAGUUCUUUGUGGCACCAUUCUUGGUUCAAGAAUGGGAAAUCAAAGACAAAAAUGGAACACAAAAAGAGACCCUCCGGCUCGAUUUGAUCAGUAGCUCCGCCGAUCAGUACAAAACCGCCGACGUGGUUGUCUUCAACACCGGCCAUUGGUGGACUCACGACAAGACUUCCAAAGGGGAAGAUUAUUAUCAAGAAGGUAACCAUGUCUAUAAGGAACUUAACGUUCUAGAGGCGUUUCGUAAAGCGAUGACAACAUGGGGAAAUUGGGUCGAUGCUAAUAUGAACCCUAAAAAAACUUCGGUUUUCUUCAGAGGUUAUUCUGCUUCCCAUUUUAGCGGAGGGCAGUGGAAUUCCGGCGGAGCUUGCGACCAUGAGUCGGAGCCGAUCAAGAACACCACUUACCUAACGCCGUAUCCCGACAAGAUGAUAGUCCUGGAGAAGGUUUUUAAAGGGAUGAAAAACAGAGUGUCGUAUCUGAACAUAACAAGAUUAACGGAUUUCCGGAAAGAUGGCCACCCGUCGGUUUACCGGAAAAAACAUUAUACGGCGGAGGAGAUUAAGUCGCCGCUGCAUUAUCAAGAUUGCAGUCAUUGGUGUUUACCUGGUGUUCCUGAUGCUUGGAAUGAAAUCCUUUAUGCUCAACUUUUGGUCAAACAAUACCAAAAUCAACAGCAAAAGCUGUAAAAGUAAAUGUGAAUUACACUUUUUUUUCCUUUUUUUAUAGAAUAUGGAACAUAAACCUUUUUCUUAUAGUCUUUAUUUUGAAGAUUACUGUUUAUAUGUGUAGAGAAGAAAGCUUUGGUGAUUAUAAAUUAAUAGAUGUUUUUUUU